GAGCCGGAGGCGGCGGCUGGUGGCGUCGGCCGCGUGGUCCUCCUCCGCGCCCCUCCCCUGGCGCUCGCGCUGCCUGCGCCUGGGAAGCCGCCGCUGCUCGCUGCUGGCUGGCACGGGGACCGGCGCGGACGCGGGGGCGACUGGAGCGCGGACGGCACAGCUGCCCGGGAGUCGCCGAGGGGACCCUGGCCUGAGCGCAUCCAAGUGAGGGCUGCGCCCGUCAACCCCAACCUCGGGAGCCUCCCCUUCUGCUUCCCACUGCACGCGCCGUACAGCCAUGAACACCAACGAAGCCAAGGAGUACCUGGCCCGGAGGGACAUUCCUCAGCUUUUCGAGAGCCUGCUGAACGGCUUGAUGUGUUCCAAGCCAGAAGACCCCAUAGAGUACUUGGAAACUUGUUUACAGAAAGUCAAGGAGCUCGGAGGCUGUGACAAGGUGAAGUGGGACACAUUCGUCAGCCAGGAAAAGAAGACGCUACCACCACUAAACGGAGGACAAUCACGAAGAUCCUUCCUCCGAAAUGUCAUGCCUGAAAAUUCAAACUUUCCCUAUCGGCGGUAUGACCGGCUCCCUCCAAUCCAUCAGUUUUCCAUAGAGAGCGACACGGACCUGUCCGAGACCGCAGAGCUGAUAGAAGAGUAUGAGGUCUUUGACCCGUCCAGGCCUCGGCCCAAAAUCAUUCUUGUCAUAGGUGGUCCAGGAAGUGGAAAGGGGACUCAGAGUUUGAAGAUCGCAGAGCGGUAUGGAUUCCAGUGCAUUUCAGUGGGAGAAUUACUGAGGAAGAAAAUCCACAGUGCCAGCAGCAACAGAAAAUGGAGCCUGAUCGCCAAGAUUAUCACCAACGGGGAGCUGGCCCCACAGGAGACGACAAUCACGGAGAUAAAACAAAAACUGAUGCAAAUACCCGAUGAGGAAGGCAUUGUUAUUGAUGGAUUCCCAAGAGAUGUUGCCCAGGCUCUGUCUUUUGAGGACCAGAUUUGCACCCCUGACCUGGUGGUGUUCCUGGCUUGUGCCAACCAGAGGCUCAAGGAGAGAUUACAGAAGCGUGCGGAGCAGCAGGGGCGGCCGGAUGACAACCUGAAAGCCACGCAAAGGAGACUAGUGAACUUCAAGCAGAACGCCGCGCCGCUAGUGAAGUACUUCCAGGAGAAGGGGCUCAUCGUGACUUUCGAUGCUGACCGAGAUGAAGACGCAGUGUUCCAUGACAUCAGCAUGGCCGUCGACAACAAGUUAUUUCCAAACAAAGAGGCUCCGACAGAUUCAAGUGACCUUGACCCUUCCAUGAUGUUUGAUGCUGGAGAGAUUGUUGACACAGGAUCGGAUUACGACAACCAGGAUGAUGAUCAGCUAAAUGUAUUUGGAGAAGACACCAUGGGAGGCUUCGUGGAGGAUUUGAGGAAGUGUAAAAUUAUUUUCCUGAUGGGUGGCCCUGGCUCUGGCAAAGGCACCCAGUGUGAGAAGCUGGCAGAAAAAUAUGGGUUCACCCAUCUCUCUACUGGUGAGCUGCUGCGCCAAGAGCUGACCUCGGAGUCCGAAAGAAGCAAACUGAUCCGUGACAUCAUGGAGCGUGGAGAUCUGGUGCCCUCGGGUGUCGUCCUGGAGCUGCUGAAGGAGGCCAUGGUGGCCAGCCUGGGCAACACCAAGGGCUUCCUGAUUGACGGCUACCCCCGGGAAGUGAAGCAAGGGGAAGAGUUUGGACGAAGGAUCGGAGAGCCACAACUGGUGAUCUGCAUGGACUGCUCAGCAGACACCAUGACUAACCGCCUUCUGCAGAGAAGCCAGAGCAGCCAGCGUGGGGAGGACGGUGCCAAGAGCAUUGCCAAGCGCCUGGAGGCUUACCACCGAGCGUCCAUCCCUGUCAUCGCCUACUACGAGACGAAAACACAGCUACAGAAGGUAAACGCAGAGGGAACACCAGAUCAAGUUUUUCUUCAGCUCUGCACAGCUAUUGACUCUGUUUUCUGAAGGAGAAAAGGCACACCUGUUAGGUGGGAACAGAACCACAUGAAAUCCACCCUUGACACGCUUCACUUUGUCCCCAUCCCACAUGCCCCCAGCUGGCUGCUUCUUUCCCAGCUCAUCUCCUGUGAGAGGUUCUGGAAAUCAUGCAUGGUGUACUUCGGACUGUCCACCUUUCUCUCAUGCUGACAACUGUUCCGACUCUGAGACUUGUUUUUGGAUAGAAAGAGGGGUGUGGGGUCUGCCUGUUCCACAGUGCCUAGGGCCAGCUGGAGCCUGACCCAUCCCACAGGGAGAAUGUAUCCCACUUCUCCAUCACAGCUUCCUUCUUCUCAACAGUUUAUUUGUUCCUCCCUCAUGCGAGCUAUUAGCAUGGGGACAAGCUUGGACAACUCAUCUAGUACUGGCUGGUUCUCCAGUUCCCAUCCAUGAGAGGGACCAGAGCCCUAGUGGGACUUUUAAAUGCCCUAUGGGACACAAGGUAUCAAGCCAGUAGUACCUGACAGAAAUAUUUCAAAAUAUGACAUUGUCCAGCUUCUUCUCUUAGAGAGCAACACAGGACAGUCAGUCCCACCCACUUUUGGGACACUAGCUACUUGGAACACUGUCAUAAGAGCUAAGGACUCUGGCCAACCGUACAAGUCUCUCCUCUCCACGGGGCAGUGAGUCCCAGCAAUUAUGUAAAUCAGCACCACAGACAGAGAUAACUUAAAAGUAUGGGAGAUGGCUUGUUCCUGCACUCACUGGGCAAAACCAACGUAGUUUUGAUCCGAGACGAUUACUCCCUAACAUACUGCAGAUAUCUGUGUCGAGGGCCUGCUCCAUGGCAAAUGCGUCCGACUAGUGAAGUGUGGGUGUCUGUGCUCAGCUGCAGCUGCUUUUGUCUUCUGAAUACCUGUGUCUUGCACUCAAUCACUACACAACCUUCAGUUUGGUCUGCAUGAGUCUUUUCCUCAAUGAGUGAGAAAAUGCUGAUACGUUUCCAGGACAGAACUGUAUUUUUAAAAUCAUUUUUUUUCCUCAAAACAUUUAUGUACAAAUGAAAUAAAUGGAAGCCAGUAUGA